AUGUAUNAUUUUAUUCAUAUAGAAAAAUAACAUCAAUAAGAAUUAAAAACCAAUUCAUUACCCAAAAGAAUUUAACAUGAUGAUUCUAUUAAAUUAAAUGAUGAUUUAGUUGAAUUUAUAUCUAAAGCUGAUUCUUAAAUUGUUGCAAUAAAAGAUGAAGAUAUUACACUUGAAGAUAAUUAUAGAAGAAAAAGAUAUAGAAUUAAAAUCAAUAAAAAAAUGGAAGAAAAUGAAUCACCUGAUAUUUAUAGAAAAUAAACAAUGAAUAGUCUCAAUUAAUAAGAAAAUAAUGAAGAAGAAUUAAGAAAAGUUAGAGCCAGAAGACUUUUAGAAGAAUAAAAUUAAUUUUUUUAUGAAAAACUUAGAUAUGCUGGAAAUUAAGAUAAUGAAUUACCUACUGUUAAAGAUAAAGAUCUAUUUAGUAAUUAUAUCAUAUUAAUUUAAUAGGAUAUUCUUUUGAAGAUUCAAUGAGUGAAGAUUAGGAAUCUGAUGAAGAAAUUAAAAAUAAAUAAGAAUAAUUUAAAUAGAAUAAAGUAAUUGUACCUAAAAAUUAUUCAUAAAAUACUUAAGGAAUAAUAUUUGAAAAAUUUAGACAAUAUUCUGGAGACUCCAUAAAAGUAGGAAACAAUAAAAAAAAAUAUUUUUUGAAUCGAUUAUUUCAUAUGGAUGAAAAUUCACUCAGAAUAUCAGGAAAAUCUUUAGCUUUAGAUUUUGAAGAAAGAAAAUGGUAAAUAUGUAUCAUUAAAAAUUAAGGGAAUUAUUAAAAUAAGCUGUAUUAUCAAAAAUGUUUAUGAAAGAAGAAAACUAUGCUUUAGAUUUUGAUGAACCUACAACCUUAGUCAUUAAUAGAGAAUAUAAUUAUAAAUAGAAAUUAAAAAACAAUUAUGAUAAAUACUAAAACUUUUGA